AUGCCACAGGAGCAGUACCUCACAGAUGACGAGAUCAGCCGUUUCAUGGAUGACCUGGACAAAGACGACGAUGGAAAUAUCGACUACUGGGAACUCGAACGAAAGCUCGACCAGGUCCACAAGCAAAUAGCCCCGAAAGCCCAACCACACAACCUUCAUCACAAAUCACGCGGAGACGAAGCACGUCAUCAAUUUCUUCGGAGCGUCAUCGGCACUCGCGAAGACCACAUCCCACGCAAUGAAUUCAAACAAUGUGUUCGACGAUGGAAGAUACCAUCCCUGGAGCAGGAUCGCAAGGAGGCGAAGGACGAGGAUGAAUACGUCAGACAUAUGUCUAUUUGGAGACGCAUACGAGCGUACUGGGCAGUCCAGGGGCCCGGGAUAGCCUUUCUGGCGCUGGUCGUGGCUUUUAUGCUCGCUUUUGGCAUAUGGCAGCUAGUCAAGUACCUCACGUACGACGAAUACCGGCCAGCAUUCGGAUGGGGUGUUGUUGUCUCCAAGACUUCCGCUGGAGUCCUGUAUCCCACCUUCUUCUUCCUCAUUCUAUCCAUGUCCCGAUGGUUCUCGACCUUCCUUCGACGCUUUUACUUCAUCUCGCGGUUCAUCAACUGGGAUCUUUCUCAGUCGUUCCACAUCAAGAUGUCCAUCGUCGCGUUGUUCUUCGCGACAUUGCACGCCAUCGGACAUCUAACCGGCUCAUUCGUCUUCGGAAGCAUGGCGAGCCGGCAGCAGAACGUCGCCCUGGUUCUUGGCCAAGACGCUGUGCCUCGCUCAUAUCACGACUAUGUCCUAUCCCUACCUGGCUGGACUGGGUUAACUACUCUGGGAUGUUUCUAUUUGCUUGCCAUUCUCAGUAUGCCCCAGGUUCGGAAGUGGAACUACGAGGUCUUUCAACUGGGCCAUUUGCUCAUGUUUCCUAUCAUCGGCCUCAUGAUGGCACACGGCACCGCCGGUCUCAUGCAGUGGCCCAUGUUCGGCUAUUGGCUCGCCUUUCCGACCCUCCUUGUUAUCGUGGAACGCUCAUGGCGCCUCAUUGUGGGCUUCUUCCCACUGAUCGCUGACCUUGAGCUUCUCGACGACGAAACCGUGGCCAUAACGGCGAACAUCCCUAAAGCCCGCCUCUGGCGGUACAAAGCUGGCCAGUACGUCUUUGUGCAGGUCCCGAAAAUCUCUUGGGUCCAAUGGCAUCCGUUCACUGUGUCGACUUGCAUAGGUAAUACUAUGAAAGUUCAUAUCAAAGCAGAUGGAGACUGGACCGACGCGCUACGUGGUCUCGCCAAGGGUGAGACACGCACGCCAAUCAAAAUCGGCCUCGACGGACCAUUUGGCGCACCAGCUCAGCGCUUCUACAAUUUUGAAUACAGCAUGGUCUUUGGCGCCGGCAUCGGCGUGACGCCGUUCUCCGGUAUCCUGACCGAUCUCCAACAGCAUGAGCUUGAACGAGUCAAGUCCGGCCAGGGCGCGCCUGAUCCGUCAUCGUCCCCAUAUUCGGACCAUCGCCGUAUUGAUUUCCAUUGGAUGGUGCGCGACAAGAACAACCUUCUCUGGUUCUCCGAUCUCCUCAACGAAGUCUCCCGUGCCCAAAUGCUCGACCGCACAUACCUCGACAUCCGCAUCCAGACCUACGUCACGCAGAAACGCAAAGAGAUCUCCACGCAUGUCUUCCGCUGGCUUCUCGAGAAGCACCGCACCGACCAGCAUCCACGAUCCCCUCUCACAGGCCUAAUAAAUCCUACGCAUUUCGGACGCCCGGACCCUAGAAGUAUCAUGGAGGAGCAUUAUCAAGAUAUGUGUAAGGUAUUUGCGGAGAAAGCGACUGACAAGGAGGGAAGGGCGAGGGAACAGGAAGAGGAAAUAAAGGUGGGCGUUUUCUUCUGUGGGCCUCCAGUUAUUGGCGUGCAGCUUGCGGAUCGGUGUAGUAUGCUAACCGCGAGGGGGAGGCAAGAGGGCAGGAAGGUCGAGUAUCAUUUCAUAAUGGAGGUGUUCGGUUGA